AUGUCGAACCAGGGUGGCACUCAGUCUCCUCCUCUCCAAGGCCGCGAGAACGACCCCAUCGGUCAGUCGGCUCCCGGCAAGUCCUCUCAGGCUGUUCCUGACGAGCAGCAGCGUGGCGGUAUCUUCGGCAGCGGCGAGAACAAGGGUAGCGAAUCCGGUCAAGCUGGCGACAACAACAGCGGCGCAGGCAACCUCGAGAACGCAUUGAACAACGCCAAGCAUGCUUCCCAGAACCAGCCCGGCAAGUAA